AUGUCUGCAACGACGGCUCAAUCUGCAAGCGGAGCGGUGACUACUCCAGAAAAACGACAACCGAACAGUCCGCGAAGGCCAAAUUACAACCUCAUCCAUCGCAAACCGCUUCCUUUGGAAACGUAUCCUCUCCCGGCCUUCCAUCCAACGAAUCCAAUAUCACUUCUGCGACUGGCCUACACAUUUCUGUCACACUUGCUGGCGCCACCUUCAUCGCAUCCGACCAGUCGCUACAUAGGCUACUUCUCUCUAGAAACCAGAUCCGUACAUGUGACAGAUCCUCAACAUGCUCGAGCACUAUGGGAGAUGGGAUUUUUCGGCAAGGGCACUCUUAGUCGGAGUGAGCCCAGCUGGGUUGACCGAGAGAAGGCACGGCUGAAAGCGCAGAAUGCUGGACCCGGGACUGCGGAGGAGGCGACGAACUUAAGACGGCAGAGGAGGAGGCUGUUCAAGCUAGAGCGAGAUCGAGCCGAGAAAGAAAGGGUGCAGACGCAGAGAUUGGUCGAGCAGGGCAAGCUGGAUCCGAAGGUGCUGCAGGAAGCGAUGCCGCAGAAUGGGGCGCCUCUCGAAGCACGCCCAGCGAGUGUUGAGCCGGAUUCCAACGACGAGGCUGAGGAAGUGCCGGAGCCAGACGUGGAGAACCAGGAACACCUGCAACUCACUCUCGAAGAAGCCUUCUUUUUGACCUAUGCACUUGGAGUACUUCAAGUCCGAUCAAGUGCUCCAGCAUUGUCGCCUACGAUAGAGACAGCAUACGAUACUCGACAGCUCAUGCAGUAUUUCGCAGCACAAGGCUCUUUCCCACCAAAGACGAUUCCGUACAAGCCUGCGCCGGACGACCGAUUCUUACUCAAUUAUGUCGUCUACCAUCACUUCCGCUCGUUAGGUUGGGUUGUGCGGCCUGGAGUCAAGUUCAGCGCGGACUACAUGUUGUAUCUGCGAGGUCCCGUAUUCAGCCAUGCUGAGUUUGCUGUCAUCAUCUUUCCUGCUUACACAAACGCCUACUGGAGCACCGAUGAGGGCAAGGCUGCGAGACGAGUAAAGGAGCAACAUGACUGGUGGUGGCUGCAUUGCGUGAAUAGGGGCUACAAGGUGCGAGAGUUUAUCAUCAAGCGAUGGGUCGCGAAUCGACAGCGAGAUUAG